GCAUAAUUCAAACUUUGCUGGUCUCCUUUUCUACUUUUGUUUUCCUUUCAUCCCAAUGAGCUCAUUAGACCACCUUGAUGACCACCAAAAAGAAUUGUUAAACCAGUUCCAGGCCGUGACCCAAUCGGAUGAUUUCGAAGCUUCGAUAAGCAGGCUUAGCCAUUACAAUUGGAACUUGGAGAGAGCGGUUGGAAGUGUGUAUGAAGCCAACAGCUCACACGAUUCAGCUCGAGAGAAGCUAGAGGAAGAAGUCGCGUCUAGCACUUCAUCCCAACAACCUAGUAGUAACCAAGCAGCAGCAGUAACAGCAACAUCGUCUUCAUCGUCGUCGUCGUCGUCAUCAACAUCACCGUCUCCAAGACAGCAAUCUUCUUCAACUGCACCACAGCGACCCUUUCGACUGGGCCUGUUCUCACUGUUGACGUGGCCAUUUGGUAUUGCGUGGAAUAUCACUUGGGCUAUUUUAUCCUUUGCAUCACGUCUUUUGUCUCGACCUUCAAUCACUUCCUCCACAAAUUCGCAACAGCAACAACAGCGGCAGGAUCCACGCACCGUGGCAGCUCGCUUUUUGCGUGAAUUUGAAAUCAAAUAUGGCGAAACACACGCCGAAUUCUAUCAGGGAGGAUACUCACAAGCUUUGGAAAAUGCUCGCAGAGAUUUGCGAUUUCUGCUUGUCGUUCUGCAGAGUGAUGAGCAUGAUGAUACAGAACAGUUUUGUCGGGAAACAAUGACUUCAGAAGAGUUAGUGAAUUAUCUGCGUGAAAAGAAUGUACUGGUGUGGGGUGGUAAUGUGCGCGAAUCCGAGGCUUUCCAAGUGAGCAGCACUUUACAAGCAACAACAUAUCCUUUCAUGGCAAUUAUUGCCCUUCAGCAGUCAUCCAGCACAUCUUCGGGAUCUCUUAAAAUGACCGUUGUCGACAGAAUCGAGGGUCCCGCGUCGCCAUCAACCGUUAUACGCCGUUUCGAUACGGUGAUGCAGCGUCACGGUAACACUUUAAACCGAAUGCGUAUGGAGCGUGACCAACGCGAGAUGGAGCGUCGUUUGCGACAAGAGCAAGAUCAAGCGUACCGUGAGAGCUUGAAAGCAGAUCAAGAAAAGGAGCGCCAAGCAAAACUGGAAAGAGAGGCAGCAGCCAAGGCUGAAGAAGAAGCGAAGCGUGCAGAAGAGGAGCGAUUGGCAUAUGCAGAGAAGCGGAAGCAGUAUGUCCGAUAUUUGUGUCGCAAAUUACCUGCUGAACCCACUGAAGGGAGUGUGGCCAAGUUGAGCUUUCGAUUGGCGGAUGGCGAACGUGUUAUCCGCAAGUUCAAGGGCGAUGUGCCUCUAGAGGCACUGUAUGAGUUUGUAGAAGCAUAUCCGCUGCUCAAAUCGGGUGAAAACGUGGAGGAUGUUGAAGAGCCUUCGGACUACAAGCACAAGUACGGAUUCACUAUUAUUUCACCAUACCCACGCACGGUGUAUGAUCCCAGCACGACAAAGACACUGGAAGAGGAAAAGAGCCUGUGGCCAAGUGCGACUUUGAUCGUGGAUAUAGAUGAUAUUGAAGAUGAUGAUGAGGAGGAAUAAAUGUUAUCUUUUUCCACAAUUUUUAUUAUUAUUAAAUACAAAAUAAACGGGAAAUUAUAGAAGUUGGAUAAAUAAAUUAAUGAUUUAUUGUCGAAAUGAAAC